AUGGCUAUCAUAACGAAUGGAAAAGUGAAAUUCACCUAUUUAUCGAAAUCCUCAUUACAACAAUCUAAUACAUAUCGAUUUCAAAGACGUUGGGUACCAUAUUCAAGAAAUAUAGAAUAUGUUAAUCCUUCAGUAAGAAAAUAUUCACAAGAAUGGUGGAAGAAAAAUUUUCUGUCUAGUAAUUAUCCUAAUAGAAAUAUUGAUUAUAGGAAAAGAAAUCAUACAUUAUCAGAUCGUGAAGUAAAUGAUUAUGUAAGCAUUUAUUCAUCAGAUAGUCCGAUUGAAUAUGGUAAUACAAAGCCUGAAAAUUAUUUUGAAAGUGUUAUGACUUUAUCCCAUCCUAACGAUCGUGUUUGGAAUGCGAAAGAACAAUAUUGGGGUUAUGCACCAAAUUCAUUUAGUACACAACAAGGAGCUGAAAUAUCUACUUAUUUAUGGUCACAAAGUGCAAGACAAUUUGAUGAAUGCAUACCACCGUUUUGUAUUCCUGCUCAAUGUGAUUAUUAUUCAGAUGGUCGAUCAACUUGUACACAAAAUCCUCCGUGUUUGGGCUCUACACCAUGUUAUCAGAACGAUCCAUCAUGUACACAAGCAAACUAUGGUGUACAGUGUAAUGUAAUGAAUUCAACAGUUUGUAAGCAAAUGUUAAAUCUGCAAUGCAGUUUUGGCUGUGUUAAAAACGGUUCUAAACCUUCUGAUGUAUUAUGCGUAUGCAACCCCUGGGCAUUACAAAAUAACGAUUCAUCCUGUGUUUCGGUCGAUCUAGAUAUAUUCAAAUGCCCUUUAGGAUGUAAUGGAAGAGGUCGUUGUGAUCCGAAAACUGGGAAGUGCUUUUGUUACCCUGGUUUUAAGGGACAAUCAUGUGAAUUGGAAGAUAAUUGUCCAUCCGGUUUAACAGGACCUAACUGUGAGUAUGAUGUUGACGAAUGUCUAAGUGGUAGGAGUGGAUGUGAACAAAGAUGUGUUAAUACUUAUGGCUCGUUUCGGUGCGAGUGCGAAAACGGUUAUGUCGUUGUACAAGACAACCCAAAAAGAUGUAAACCAUCAGAGUGUUUGACGAAAUGCCACUUAGGAAAUGGAAAAUGUGACACGACAGGCAAAUGUCACUGUUUACCAGGUUAUACAGGAGAGUGGUGCAAUUUAGACAUUGAUGAAUGUAAAUCAGGAACACAUAACUGUGAACAAGUAUGCAUUAAUACUCCUGGAUCCUACCUAUGUGAAUGUCACUCAGGGUACAAACUUAACUUGACUGAUAGAAAAUCUUGCCAUCAAGUCACGUGCAAUCCUAGAUGUACUAUUAAUCAAGGAUUUUGUUCUGAUGAUGGAAUAUGCACCUGCCGACCGGGGUUUACCGGAUCAGAUUGCAGUGAAGAUAUAGAUGAGUGUAAGACAGGAACACAUAACUGCUCUCAAAGAUGUGUUAAUACAUACGGCUCUUUUAGCUGUGAAUGCUAUGAGGGAUAUGAAUCACAAAGUGGUAAUGGUUUGAAUUGUAAAUCUAAAUGUUCAGAGAGAUGCAUGUCUAAUAAGGGAAAAUGUGAUGCCACUGGAAAAUGUUUAUGUCGUCGUGGAUUUACAGGUCUUGACUGUUCUGAAGACAUAAAUGAAUGCGAGUUGAAACCUAAGCCUUGUGUUCAAGGCUGCGUUAAUACGUAUGGGUCAUAUUAUUGUACGUGUGAUAAAGGGUAUCACCAGGAUCACAAAGGUCACUGUCUUCCAAAUAAAUGUAGUCCUGAAUGUGUUCAUGGACAAGGUGAGUGUACAUCUAAUGGAAAAUGCCUGUGUAAUCCAGGUUUUCGAGGGUUAUCUUGUGAGACAGAUGUAGAUGAAUGCGCCGAAGGAAAACAUAAUUGUCAACAAGAAUGUAUCAAUACUCCUGGGUCUUUUAAGUGUUCUUGUCAUUCAGGCUACAAAUUACUCACUGUAAAUUCAUCAAAAUGUGAACCUAUUUCUUGUCCUUCUCACUGCAGUUUAAUAGAUGGAGAAUGUGACUGUGAAUGCAAGCUUGGACAUUUUGGACUUAAUUGUAAGCAAACAGUAGAUUCAUGUGCAAUUAAACCAUGUGACCAAAUUUGUGAGGAUUUAGGAUCAUAUCAAUGUUUUUGUGAUCCGGAUUAUGAAUUACAAUCUGAUGGUCGAACGUGUAAAAAACAGUUUAAACGUGAAAUGAAGUGUCCUGAAUACUGCCUAAAUGGUGCAACUUGUAAAUCAACUGGAGAAUGUGUAUGUCAACCUGGUUAUGAAGGAAUAUAUUGUGAAAAAAUAAAAGAUAUUUGUUCAGUACUUAAGUUAUGUGAUCAAAAAUGUUUUCCCAAAGAUGAUGGUACAUAUCAUUGUGGUUGUGAUCCUGAAUAUGAACUUCAAGCAGAUGGUCAUAGUUGUGAAUUAAAAUCUUCUUGUGAUUUCAAAUGUCAAAACAAUGGAAAAUGUUUUGAUGGAAAAUGUGUAUGUACAUCAAAUUUUGAAGGAGAAUAUUGUGAAAAAGAUAAAAAUGAAUGUGAUCAAUCUAUUUUUGAACAUGGUUGUAGUUAUGGAUGCAUUAAUACUUAUGGAUCAUAUGAAUGUUUAUGCCCAAAUGGAUAUCGAAGACUUGCCGAUAAACGUACAUGUGUCCUACCAUACAACAUCAAUACAGUGCGACGAAGUUAUCAAGAAAAAUGGCAGAAUGUUAGAAAUAGUGACAGCGUUGACAGUAGUAGGAAAAAUUUAGCAUAAACAAAAUACUUCAAGAAGAAAGUUUAUAUUUGUGAAACAAAGUGCACAAGAUUAUUGUAAAACUAAAAAUUUCAGGCUAGACAAAGAAUGAAUGCAUCUGUUGUGUCUAGUACUAGGUCAAGCACACAUGGAUUAUUCUAGUUUCCAGACAGACCAAUUAACUUA